AAUAAUUCAAAAGUUGGGUAGAGUCACACAGCAGUGAUGUUUUCACCAAAUUGUUUGAAGGGAUCGUGAGGGUCUCCUCUGCCCACCAAAGCUCUUCCUGGAAUGCCCCCCCCAGCCCUGCCUCUGCCCCUCCCCCGCUACAGAAUGUCUGGGCAUAGCCCUCCAGACCUGUUUACUUUCAAACCUCACCCUCUGCAGUUGGACCGGAGUGAGCCUCUGGUCACAGGUCUUCACUCUUCCCACGCUGCUAGCAGCUAGAGAGUUGAUGUCAGUGUCCAUGCCUGUGGGGAUGGAGCUAGAAGGAGCAUCGUCCCUGCUGCAGCCACAUACGACCCAGAAGGACGGGGUCAUCCUAUCUCCUUCUUCGGUCCUGUGCCCUCUCCCACCUGCCCCGGUCCCAGUACAACAGCUACACUGGGAGCCAUUUCCACCCUCUGGGAAUGCACCACAUCCUCAGGGUAAACCCCUGGUGGUGUCCCAUUUCCCCAUGACACCUGUGGUGGCAGGACACAGUGGCUAUGGCCUGACUGGAGCUGGACCUUUCAACAUCCCUGCCCGAACCCGGAGAGGAAGGAGGCGAGCAGGGUCCCUGCUCACUCAGAGCCCUGUCCUCUCACAGGCCCCACUUGUGAGCGGCUCCCAAGGUGUCCGGCAUGGGGGUGUGCAUCGUCCUGCUCUCCUGCCGCUGAGCGCUGCACCCAUGACCACCAUCCUGCCUGCCCUAACUGGGGUGAGCAUCCAAGAUCAUGAUGGGAUGUGGGCCAAGGGCCUUCAUCCUUCAGCCAUACCACCAGUGGCCCCGACCGUGUCCGGAGUGAACACUGGGCCACUCCUGCCUGCCCUAACUGGGGUGAGCAUCCAAGAUCAUGAUGGGAUGUGGGCCAAGGGCCUUCAUCCCCCAGCCAUACCAGCAGUGGCCCCGGCCGUGCCCGGGGUGAACACUGGGCCACCACCCCACUGCAACAGUCUCAUUGUGUGCACCUUCCUGUCAGCUCAUGCUGCCAGAGUACCCCAGACUGGCGAGAUGAAACCACCCAAUUCACUCCUCACAGCUCUGAAGGCAGCAAGUCCCACGUCAGGGCACUGGUAG